AUGCCUCUCUCACGUACUACUACACGUCGGGCAAGCUCUCCAAUUGUCAUAACGCCGCCGCCCGCGUUCUCUGAAUACACCGCGGUGCGCAACGAUCAGAAUAACAUCAACGCGGACAUUCAGGACGAAAACCCGAAGCCGCUCAGAUUCGAAGUCACCGACGAGAGGAUCGCCAAGACAGAUCCGAUCUGGCAACACUACGUCGAGGUUGCAGACGAGGACGACUGCGCAAGCAUAGAAACCUGGAACAAGGAUUUCGAUUCCCUCCCAAUCUUCUCAGGUCUAUUUGCAACAAUACUCACAGCAUUCGUUCUCGAAACCUAUAAAGAACUAAAACCAGACCAAACACAAGCCAUCAUCACAACUCUCCAAGCUGGUUUCAACGGCUUGAACAACAACGGAACCUCCAUCUUCCCCCCACCCGCCGCUAACCUGAAUUUCAGUCCCACCGCACGCAGCGUACGUGUGAACGGAUGUUUCUUCGUCGCGCUAGCAUUCACUCUAAUGUCCGCAUCUGGAGCGAUGAUCUCAAAAGUCUGGUGUUCCGAAUACGGGCGACGCUCGACGACAGGUUCACCAUACCAACAAGCUCUUCGUCGUCAAUGGCAUUACAGGGGUCUCAUAGUUUUCUACUACCAGGAAGUCCUCGACUUUCUUCCAUUCCUUCUCUACUCUGCUAUCAUGAUGUUCAUGGUUGGGAUUUGUGACUGGCUCUAUGGGAUCCACAAGAAGAUAGCUCUAUAUCUUAUUCUCGUGUUUUCAUUCUCCUUUGUGUUUGCUGUGACUUUGACGUUCUUCUCGCUUGUUCUUCCUGAGUAUUACCCAUUUAGGGUCCCUCUGGCAGAUGUGAUUGUCAGGAUGGCUAUCAAGCUGUUCUUGAAGCUAAAGGCUAAAGCAGAGACCUUGGUUCCUCCCUCUUGGUUUCCUCCCCUUCAGGGAAAAAGCACCAAAAUAUCCUUGUACAAGCUAUUUUGGGCUUUUCUACAAACUCUAUGGGUGUUUUUUGAGCUUAUCUGGGUUGCCCUUGUUAUGUUUCCAGGCUUCUGUAGAUCCCUUCCUCAGAGAUGCUUAAACCUCUACUACAUGUUCUUAACCUUCUUUGCACCUAGAGAUGCAUUUGGCUCUGCAAUGGCUAGAAAGCCUGUUGAUGAUUCUUACUCCAGCCUUGAAGUAGAAGCUCUAGCUUGGCUUGUAAAGGCUUCUUCCCAAGAGAAACUGGAAAAUGCACAUGUCCUAUAUGACUAUAAUCCUGCAUUAUUUGCCUACCAUCUAUCUGUCCACUGUGUUCCUUUCAUUGUGACAUUUCCAGCCAGGGAAGCAGCUUCAUAUAGCAUUAUUAUGAUGCAAAUCAUUCAAUGUCUGUGCAACAAUGAGGCUCAGCUGGAACUCGGUGCACAAUCCCAAAUUGUUUAUGGGAGCUUUAUCUGUAGUGCAAUGUGCAAGCCUUGGUCUUCUACCUGA